AUGAAUCAAAUCAACUCAAGAGUCGAAGAUGAAAUUUGUUGCUGCAUUGAAUCAAGAAUUAAAUCUGAAUCGCUGCUGGAUUCAAUCAUUACAUCCCUGGUGGCCGUGCAUGUAUUCAUAUGUGUGUGCAUGUCUCCCCAUGUGUUUGUGUAUUUGUAUGAGACACACAGGGAUGGCUUCCACGCCACAGCAGGGCAGGAGCACGAGUGGAUCAGAGGGGUGAAUGGACGGGGAGGACAGCGAGCUCGGUCCCAGAUGUCGGUGUCGAGUGUUGGGGAGGACAGAGCCAUCCUGCUGGGCUUCACCAUGAUGGCCUUCUCUGUGCUCAUGUUCUUUGUGGUUGGCAUCACUAUGGUCAAACCCUUUGUUAAAAGUAACUGGGUGGAGGAGGCCAGUUGUGUGCUGGUGCAGGCUGACAUCCUGAAAGAUUGGGUGGACUGCAGAGGUGUGAGCACAGUACCAUGCCUCAGGGUGAUGGUUAACCUCACAGGCUCCAACCAAAGUGCUUUUCUACACUUUGAUGAAGAAUCGGUCCUUCUCGCUCCUGAGUGUUUCUACAUACCCAAAUGUCAGAUGGAAAGAGCAGAUCUUCAAGCUGAAGUCCAGGGAGUGAAAAGAAUCUUGGACACUCAGCUGGGGAGCACUUCAUCAUGCUUUACCGACCACACAAGGCACCCCAGGGACGUCAUCUUAAGCAGGAAGUACACUUUGAAGAAGGCCUUGUUUGCACUGCUGUGGCCCUGUCUGAUGCUGUGUGGUGGAGCUCUGCUGGUGGGCCUUGUGAAGCUGACACAGUGCCUAGCUCAUCUGUCCUCUGAGGUGUGCAGUGAGACUACAGGGAGCAGAGUGACAUCGAGCUCCACCCAGGGCAAAUUGUACAGACUCCUGCGGAGGUCCAGCAUGCAGUCGCCCUCUUGACAAAUUCAGUGGUUGGAGCAAGGACAGAGAAAGCCUCCUCCAUUGACUAUUGGUGGACAACUGGAAGGAUCCUGGGCCUGGGAAAUGCUGGCUGAUUUAGGCCAGCGUCUUACGGCCCAAUCAGAAAUAGUCACCACCACCCUGGGACCUGACCUGGCACUCUGGUCCAACAAUCUGAGCACCGUCUGCUUCGUAGAACUGACAGUACCCUGAGAGGACGCUGUUGAUGAAGCGAAUGACAGGGAGACGUUGACGUUGGCAUGCUGAAAUGCCAACUGAUGCUCAACAACAAUGCUGCAGAGCAAUAGUCCAUCCAGUGGAGGGCACUGUAGUGACAUCCACCACUGACCACUAUUGACUACCGAGGCAGCUGGGAAUCCAGACCAUCAAGGAAACAUCAGGGACUGCUGAACGCUGCUGACUGUCUGCGGAUGAGACAGAGAAACUCCAGCUGGGCGUCUAGAUGAUAGUGACACACACUGUCUGCCUCAUCAGAGGGUGUAUUGUGAAUAAAAGCCUGGAACACCCAAUGAUGCUGAGGUACACAACUGAUGAUGUGUCCCUAAACUAAAUGUGGCCGAACAGGGGACUCAUGCUCACAGCCUGUCAGUCUGCGUUGUUAUUGUGGAUCUGUGAUGUUAACCACAUUACCAUGACCUGAUCACAUCAGUAAGAAGCAGCAGCAAAGACAUAAAUGUUUAAACGUUUGUUAAUAUUGACAUGCUGUACCUCGUUAGCUCAGAUAAAUUAUCCACAGUCUAACCGCUGAGUUCAUUUUUCAGUAACUAUGUGCACAAAAGAUUCAUUAAUUUAGAUUCACUGGCACGUAAACCAGCAGGAGGUGAAGCGGUGGAGACUCCCUACCUGUUGGCCGUCUGUCUGUUCCUCCAUUAUUUAUAUUCCUUUAGUCCGGAAUUGUCCGCACAAAAUCAGAAGGGUUUCUCAUAAAAGUAUUCCAAGUUAUGAAUAUUGUUGUCGGAAGUGUUUGCAAACUGUCCAGCGUCUUGAGUCGCACCGCUCUUCAUACGUCUCCCUCCUUCCGGCUGCGGGACAGUGGGUACGCUCGUUUUCUACUCCAGUUCAGCUUGUAAAGGUGGAUCGGGUCUAUCAUCUUCUGGUUCAAGAUCGGACUCUUGCUGAAAACGAUAAGGCCGUACCUAAGCCACCACAACCGUUGCGUGCGGAACGUAUGGUUGCCAUGGUAGUUGCGGCAAGCUGACCAAUCAGAGCACACUGAGCUCUGAUUAAGCUUCAGAAGGCGGAGUCCUGAGCUCUAACAGAGCAUUUAAGAGAGGGUUAAUGGAGUGCAGCAUAAAAUAUACAGAAAAAGAAAAAAUAUAUUUUCAGAACAUUAAAGCAUGUAAAUCUAUUUCGGUAGACAAUAAGAAUGAAAUGAUUAACACUAAAAAUUGCCAAAUCAAUCCUCUUUGAGAAUAAGUGGCAAGAAGAAACCAUAAGUGUUAAAGUCCAAAGACAAUUCUGAUACUGAUGAAAAUAUGAUUAUAUGUUGAUAGAAAGAUUAAGCAAAAAAACAGAUUUUAAAAUCAUUUACUAUAUUCCGUCUUUAACUUUUAAGAGUAACUUAACACAACCUGAAAAAUGUGUUUUGCUGACCUCCAGUGGUCUAAUUUGUGUCCGUACUGCAGUGAUGUAGCGAUGUACUGUCAGUACACUGUGACGUUACUCUUAGGUGUAGUUACAGAUACAACAGAGCACACUUAAACACACCCAAAAACACAUCCGACCACACAGGAUAUACAAUGUUGGACACAAUUCACUAUGGGUAGUCCUAUCAUAAUAAGGUGUGUACUAAGCCACAAAUGGGGGAUUCAGUGUGCAGGCAAGGGCAUUUUGGGUCGCCAUGACAAUAAUUUGGUGUGCCACUGAAGUCAGCUCUUAAAGGGGAAGUAAGUAAAAGACCCACACAGACUAACUGUAUAUAUAUAUAUUAAUUCCAUCGAUUAACUAAUGCGUAAAUAGUCUCAUGGAUAGUCUCAUAGUCUAUCGUUGCUUCAGGUACAGGUAUGUCCAGGUGAGCCCUGGGGUCCAGCUAGCUAAGCUAAUCUAAGCUAGCUGGAGGGGCAUUUUGGCUGCUUAUGUUUUCACUUUCAUCUGAGUUUCUGAUAUGGAGGAUGAAAAAUGUCUUUUAAUUAUUAUUAUUAUUAUUAUUACUAAUAUUAUUAUUAUUAUCAUUAUUAUUAUUAUCCUCACCCAAUGGCGGAUUUAGAUACAGGUGACAUGGGCAGCAUCUAGUUGGGAGCAACUUGGGGCACUUGCAAAAAAGACAAAAGUUUGUCUACAGAGAGAGAGAUGUUACUUUAUUUUGGUAUUUAUAAUUGUAUAUGAUUUUGGUACUAAUUGAUGAUGAAAGCAAGCCUUCAGAUCAGGCUUCAAAUGACAUUUGUGCAAUUUAGAAUAUGUGUGUUUUGUUUGGGUUGUGUAAUAGUGUAGUAAUAAUAAUAAGUAGGUUUUCUUGUAAAUCUAUUUGUGGGAUGAAGGACUUGUGCAGUUUAGUAAAUUCUAGGACAUGGUCUAACCCUCCAGACCAUCCUAAAGACCAUAUCCUAGAAGUUUUAUACAUACUGGUCCAGUUUUCCUCAUAAUGAGUCUUGUGUGUAGUUUCUAGGGUAAGAUUGAGGAAAACAAAUCUUUUUUCGUUUACAUAUUGACUCAGGCUUUGUCCCACACUGUCAAAUUUUAUUAUGAAGCAGAACAAUGAAGAAGUGCCAUGUAAAUAGCAGACAUUUUGAUAGUGUAAAACAAUGUAAUAAAAUAAUCUAUUUAGAUAGGGAGAAAUGUUUUUAUUCAACAGUACAAUAAAUGAAUGCAUACAGUUUCUUAUCAGACAUGUUCAUAUGAGGAUGACUAAAACAAAUAUCUGAAGAGGGUUUUAUGAUAUAUACAGAUGGAUAGAUAACUAACAUAUGAAUGUGGUUCUUUUUAAAACAUGCAGGGUAGCUUCUUCUUCCUUAUUGUGCUUACAGACUUCUACAUAGGGCAAUUGAUCUCCACUCGACAUGAAGAUCGCACUCUGACAACAGCAUGAAGUCCUUGUCCUUCAUUCAACAAUUCACCUCUGCUUUGCCAUUCAUAUCAAUUCAACAACUAGAAGCUGUCUACUGGGUUUUGUAUGAGGAUGGUGCACAUUUUGCAUGAUUCCUCCUUUUCUUUUUGGUUAGCAGUUACAUAUAUGAGUUUGCUUACAUUUAAAAAUACAAAAAUAUAUUACCUCUGUAGUUAUUCAAGGAAAGCAUUUGCACACGUAGUAGCAGUAUCAGUAUCUGUUACCUUCAUUGUGACUUUGUUGUACCCCACACAAGUAACAAGGUCAUUUCUAUACAUGAAAUUCAAGUAAACAUCAUCAGGUCAAACAAAAAAACAAAGUAGAUAUUUGAGGACCUCAUGCAUAAUGCAGUGUGAGAAACAGAAUACAACCAUAACAAGUACAAAGGGAAAAAAGCAUCAUUUAGCUAAUUCUUCCAUAAAGUAUAUGGGGUCUAGUUCUCUCAGUUUGGGUCCGGCCCACUGCUCUGUAUCCUGUACAGAAGCACAUGCAUGUUGGUAGGAUCGGUUUCCUGAACAUUUUUAAACCAUGAACAGAAAACAAAAAUUCUACUUUCAGACAGACUCGAGUGUCCAGGAAACCGCCCUGUUAGAUAUCAUUUGGUAAAGCUAGAACAUUUACUGACCUCUUACAUAUGUGUCUGUGCAGUGAGCGAAACUGCAAAGACUAUUCUUCCACACAUAAGGGUGACAAUCAUAGGAAAGAGUAGGGAAGAAGACACUUGGAAGGUUUAAAAAAAAAAAAUUCACUUCGGUUUCUUUUCUUUACCUGGAUGUCACAAUCUGGGACCUUAUGGCGAAUGUAAGGAGAGAGUCUGUCUUAAAUUAUCUGUCAUAUGUGAUUGAGAACAAGGAGACGAGAGCAAAGCUCGACAUCUCAAACAUUUUACAGAUGGCUUAGAUUGAAGCUCCACAUAGAAACCUGGUAAGGAGAAGCAAAAGGCAGGGUAGAAAGGCGUUUCUCACAGUUCUUUUUGUUUGGGAAGAAGUAGACGAUACUGUUACAGUGCAGCAAUGUGCAUUUUUUUUCUUCCAUGUACUGUUUGUACAAAGUUCACUGACACACUUCUGUGUGUGAGCAUGUCAGGGGAGAUGCGUUCCGCUCUCUGCCUUGACAUCAACUUCUCACCUUUUUUUUCUUUUUCUUGCAGUAUACAGUACAUAUUAGGAUCACAACUUGCAUAGUGUAACAGCACAGCACACAAAAGGAACACUACGCAUCCUUUUCCCCUGCGUUUCUCGCCUUUAUCAGCUGAAUAACAAAAGAGUAAUUCAUGACACGUCAUACAGCUGGCCAUCAGAACGCUUUUCUGCAGUCCAUCUGCGUUCCAACUGCGUGCGGUCGAUGAUGGACAUUUGUGCCUCUACAUCUGACACAGAAUAAUACUGAUAGACAAAACAAAACAAAAACAAAUACUGCGGAGAUCAGUGCUAUGAAUACACGAGACUUGGAAUAGUAGUGACUUUUUUUUUUUUUUUUUUUUUUU